AUGAGGAUUUUAAUUCUCGUAGCCGUAGCGAGCUUUCUUGGGUGCCUGGGUCCCAAGUCCCAGGGUCCAGCCAUGGAUCAGAAUCGAGGGUUUCGGGAAGUAGCGCCCCCCGAUGAAGCUGAGCAGCAUGCGCAGCGAAGUCAGCUAACCAUGAACAAAACCGGCAAGCGAAGCUACCAAAGAGCUUGUAAAGUUGCCCUGGCGAAGGGAGCAGCACUUUACAAAGGCCGUCUUCUGACAGCUCAGGCUCUAGGAGCUCAUGAAGGACAAUUCGCGUCUCCUGCGAAAGCGGAGAGGCGUUCUUUUCAACCGAACAGACAGAUCCAUCACAAAUUUGACAUGGAAGUCCUUACUUGGAACGCAGGCUCAAUUACAAGUCGAGUUUGGAACGAGAUUCUGGCCCUUUUGGCAACAACAGAGUACAAGAACAUCAAAAUCGUUUUCCUGCAGGAAUCGCAUUGGCAGCAGGACCAGGUCUACAGCUCAGGCCCGUGGUCAGUCCUAACCUGUGGCUCAACAAGCAGACACAAGGCUGGCCUGGUUGUCUUGGUGCAUAGCUCACUGGCUCCUCUUUCAGAAAUUCGCAGCACUUCCAUU